UAUCCUAUUUAUGCAGUCUGUUGGUAUGAAGUUGUAAUGUCAUCGUCUUUUUUGUGAUCGUGUAUUGGUGUGCUCCGGUUCUUAAAGAGGUCGAUAUUAUACCUAAGUGGUCGAACUUAUUUGAUAAGGUAUGUUUUCAAUAUCGGUCAAAGAUCGUUUGUGCUUAACUAAUCAUCAAAUAUCAGGCGACCUUAUACUGAAAGAGAUCGACCAUAUUGUGUGAGUCUCAUGCGGCAUGGUCAGCCAAGAUUAUCAUGUGAUCGAUCAAUAUUAGUAUGUUUAUAAUUAGGUCGACCUUGUCAACUCCCAUGGUAGACUGAAUUUGUAUUAUUUUGUAAUAUGGACUACCUUACUUUUUGCUACGGUAGACCUGGCGAGACCUAAUUGCGAAUUUAGUUCCAAAAAUUUAUUUUCCAUAUUGACAUACAAUUCUUAUUCCGAUAAUUACAUAAUGGAUAAUGGAGAUGAUAUAGACGACAGGGAUGUUGAAGAGAUUAACGUCGAUGAGGAAAUUGAGGAUGUUCGAGGAGAAACCAUGGAUAAUGAAGAUGAUAUAGAUGAUACAGAUGAUGAAGAUAUUGGGGCCGAUGAGGAAACUGGGGAUGCUGAAGAAGAAUUUAUGGAUGAUGAAGAAGCUACUGAAUAUGAACAACAAAUUCAUUCCUUGGAGUUUCAAAUAUUAGAAGAUGCAGAUAAAUGUUAUGAUGCCUAUGCGAAAGCGAAAGGGAUUAGUGUUCGACGUAGAGAUCUUCGGAGGAAUUGUCGAUGAGCAGUUACAGAAGAGUCAUAUAGAUAAAGAAGGUCGAACACGGCAACAUAGUAAGAUGAUAAGACAUUCUUGCAAGACAUCCUAUAAUGUACGCUUUGAUCGGGGAAGAAAAUGUGGGUUGUUUCUAAGUUCGAUAGGAAGCACUCACAUCGUUGCUGCAAUGAAGAAGAAGACAAGACAUUGGCGAUAGGGAUGCCUCAGUCAGGAAUAAAACAACGCAACAUUGUUCAGUUCAUGAAGAAUAAAGUUUUAGGAUAUGA